AUGGAAGCCUUUCGAUGCUUCACAGCAUCCUUGUUGUUUCUACCAUUCUUUUUCCUCAUUCUUCUCCAUAAAGGAUACCAUCUUAACUCCUUCUUCGUUUUUCCUUUCUUUCUUCCUACCAUAAAAGAUACUAACAACACAACACAAGUAAUAGUUAAACCUCAUCAUCAGUUACUUGCAAACUCUGCAUAUAGAAGCUUUGAACAUAAAACAAACAGUAGCAUUAAGAAAAUUAUGACUAGCUUGGAUAAAGUUGAAGAAAGCUUAGCAGAAGCUCGAGCCUCGAUUCGAAAAGCUAUUCUGUCAAGGAAUUACAGUAGUACUUCACAGAAGCAUAAUAUCUACAGAAAUCCAUAUGCUUUUCAUCAGAGUCACAUGGAGAUGGUGAAGAGGCUAAAGAUUUGGGUUUACAAAGAAGGAGAACAACCGAUAGUACAUGGUGGGCCAGUGAACAACAUAUAUGCAAUUGAAGGACAAUUCAUUGAUGAAAUAGACAACAGCAAAAAGAGUCCCUUUAAGGCUAAGAACCCUAAUGAAGCACACAUUUUCUUCCUUCCCUUGAGUGUAGCAAAUGUGGUUCAAUAUGUUUAUAAGCCUAUUGUUUCCAAAAAGGAUUUCAAACGCGACCGACUUCAAAGAUUGGUGGAGGAUUAUAUAAAUGUUGUUGCUGAUAAGUAUCCUUAUUGGAACAGAAGCAAUGGUGCUGACCAUUUUCUUCUUUCUUGUCAUGAUUGGGCACCAGAAAUUUCAGAUGCAAAUCCAGAUCUCUUCAAAAGCUUCACAAGAGUCUUAUGCAAUGCCAACACUUCUGAAGGGUUCAAGCCCAAAAGAGAUGUUUCCAUUCCUGAAAUGAACUUACCUGCUGGAAAACUAGGCCCACCAAAUCUGGGCCAAAGCCCGAUAAACCGAACUAUAUUAGCCUUCUUUUCUGGUGGAGCCCAUGGUGACAUUAGAAAACUGUUGUUAAAUCAUUGGAAAGACAAAGAUACACAAAUUCAAGUUCAUGAGUAUCUUCCAAAGGGUCAAAACUAUACAGAAUUAAUGGGAAAAAGUAAAUUCUGUUUGUGUCCAAGUGGAUAUGAAGUGGCUAGUCCAAGAAUUGUGGAAGCAAUUAAUGCUGGUUGUGUGCCUGUGAUUAUUUCUAAGAAUUAUUCUUUGCCUUUCAAUGAUGUGUUGAAUUGGAGUGAGUUUUCAGUAGAGAUUUCUGUGGAGAAAAUAUCAGAGAUUAAGACUAUAUUACAAAGUGUUUCAAAAAAUAAGUACAUGAAGUUGCAUAUGAAUGUUAAGAAAGUUCAAAAGCAUUUUGUUAUGAAUAGGCCUGCUAAGCCUUUUGAUGUGAUGCAUAUGAUACUUCAUUCAAUUUGGCUUAGAAGGCUUAAUUUCAGACUCAUAGAUUCACCAUAA